GCCCCACGGUGCUGGAGGUUUUCAACACCCUCCUGCGGCAGCUGCGCCUCAGCAUCGACUACGCCCUCACCGGCACCUACGACGGAGCCGGGAGCGGAUCCGGGAUCGGAGCCGGGAUCAGCCCUGGGAUCAGCCCCGGGAUCAGCCCUGGGAUGGGCUCCAGGAUCAUCAAGGAGCAGGAGGAGAGGAUGUUCCAGGAGGCCGUCAUCAAAACCAUCGGCUCGUUUGCCAGCACGCUGCCCACGUACCAGCAGUCGGAGGUGAUGGUGUUCAUCAUGAACAAGGUGCCCCUGCCCUGCUCCCAGCAUUCCAUGGAGCCGGGAAAAGACGGGGAGAACCGGAACCGCCUGACCCAGAUCAUGCUCCUCAAAUCCCUGCUCCAGGUGUCGGUGGGAUUCCAGUGCAGUAACAUGCUCACAGCUCUGCCCAGCGCAUUCCUGGACCGGCUGCUCUCCGCUGCCCUCCUGGAAGAUCCCGAAAUCCGCCUCUUUGUCCUGGAGAUCCUCAUCAGCUUCAUCGACCGCCACGGCAACCGCCACAAGUUCUCCCCCAUCAGCACCAUCAGCGACAUCUCCGUGCUGAAGCUGAAGGUGGAGAAGUGUUCCCGCCAGGACAGCGUCUUCAUGAAGAAGCACGGGCAGCAGCUGUUCCGCCACCUCUUCCUGGUGUCCAAGGAGGAGGACAACGAUGGGCCCCACUACGAGGCCAUCUACACCCUGCUGGUGCUGCUGAGCAUCGAGCUGGCCAACGAGGAGGUGCUGGUGGACCUCAUCCGCCUCGUCCUGGCCGUCCAGGAGGUGGCGCAGGUGGCGGAGGGGGGGCUGUGCCCGUCGGGGCGCUGUGCCCUGCUGGCCCUGGGGGCCGCCUACCUCAACCUCAUCGCCCAGCUGCUCGCCCUGCCAGCCCUCUGCCAGCACGUCCACCAGGUGAUCCAGGCCCGCCAGAAGGAGGCCCCGUUCCUGCUCCCCGAGGACGCGUUCGUGGAGAACCCCCGGCCAAUCCCAAACCUGGAUCAGCUGGGGCCGGAGUUUUUCUUCUGGCAGAGCAAGAUCAGCGAAGGGCUGGGAGGGAGCGGGUACAGCCUGGAGCGCCUCAGCAUUCCCUACGUCCCACAGCUCACCGACGAGGAUCGCUUGUCCAAGAGGAAAAGCAUCGGGGAGACCAUUUCCCUGCAGGUGGAGGUGGAAUCCCGGAACAGCCCCGAGCGGGAACAGAGAGCUCCAGCUGAGGAGAUCACCUACGAGACGCUGAAGAAAGCGAUCGACAGCGUGGCCGUGGAGGAGCAGGAGCGGGAGCGGCGGCGCCAGGUGGUGGAGAAAUUCCAGAAGGCUCCGUUCGAGGAAAUCGCCGCCCACUGCGGGGCCAGGGCGUCGCUGCUGCAGAGCAAACUCAACCAGAUCUUCGAGAUCACCAUCCGGCCUCCUCCCAGCCCCUCGGGCACCGUCACGGCCGCCUACGGCCAAUCCCAGAGCUCCAUCCCGGUGUACGAGAUGAAAUUUCCGGAUCUCUGCGUCUACUGAGCCCUGGGAGCGCUGGGAAAUCCCCCUGGAAAACAUUCCCGCGCCGGGAAAAGCGGGGACACUCCCGGAAUUCCUGCUGGGAAUCCUCUCUCUCUCCCCCCCCUCUGGCCUGGAGCUUUGGGAAGGAAGGGCGGGAAUGUCGGCUGGGAGUCCAUCCUGGGGAUUUUUGGGAAGAGAGGAUGGAAGGGAUUGGGAAUGCGCCUUUCCCUCCUGGAAAAAUCCCGACAUUCCCUCGGGAUGAGGCCGGGAGAGGCAGGAUAGGACUGGGAAGGGAAGGGGGGGGAUGAUCCCAACCCCAAAUCCCGGUGGGAAUGGGGAGGUGGAUCCCGGGAAUUCGGAUCCCUGGACGGGUUGGGAUCCAUCCCGGAAAAGGGACGGAUUGUGCCAGGCUGGAGCAGGGAAUUCCAGCAGCCUGGCUGGCUCCAGGUCAUUCCAACCCACCCUUUUCCCUUGGGAAAAAUCCAUCCGUGGGAUUGGGGUUUUUUUGUGUGUGGAAAAGCCACAGGAUGAAUUUCCAGGCUGGGAAUUCCAUGGGAUGCCUGGAAUGGUGACAUUCCAGGGAAUAUCAGCACAUCCAACAACACCACCACCCCCCUCCUCCUCGUUGGAUGGAGUUUCCAGGGUUUUUUUUUUUUUGGAAGGAGUUCCUGCUUCCAAAACAAAAUUCCCAAUUUGUGGAGCGGGAAAGUCCGACCUCGGGAACUGCGAGGAAAUCCCGGGAAAACGCUGGGAAAAAGAGGAAUUUAUU